AUGGACGAGAAGGAACUCAAUCAUGAGGCUUCCAUGCUUCGAAAAGUCGCCUUCCUUGGCAUUUGCAUCAGGUAACACAACCAAGUCCCCUGGGGACUUCUAUCCUAACACUGUGGUCUUACAGUACCGUUUCCACGCUCACUUGCAUCGUCGCCAUCCCUCUUCUGUACAACUACAUGCAGCACAUCCAGACUAACUUGCACAGUGAAAUCGACUUCUGCCGUCACCGAACUGUCGGACUGUUCAUUCAGUACGAGAGAAUGCAGGCCGCCUCGGGAAUCAAGGGACGAAGAAUCAUUGUGAAAAAGCAGGCGGGAUACGAUUUCGCAGAGUCGAACACUAACCAAGAGUCCGGAUUCAGCAGCAGCAAGUCCUCUCUGGCCCCAAGCGGUCAGUGCUGUUCUUGCAAGUCCGGUCCAGCCGGCCCGCCGGGUCCUCCAGGAGAAGACGGAAGGGACGGAAGAGACGGAAAGCCAGGACUGAACGGAGAGGACGGAAACGACGCGAAGGACUCGGCGCCACGUCGCGACGCUUCUCCGCCGUGCUAUGAUUGCCCCGUAGGACCACCAGGACCACCAGGAAACCUCGGACCGAAGGGACAAAACGGACGGAACGGAAAGGACGGACUGCCCGGAGUUCCAGGAUUGCCAGGACAACCGGGAGAACCAGGAGAGGACGGAGAGUCCGGCGAAGACGGAGAUCCAGGAUUCCCUGGAGACAACGGAGAGCCAGGCAAAUGCGAUGAAGUUAAUGUGGCUCAAGGACCGCCGGGAAGACCAGGACCUCCGGGACUUCCUGGACCAGAUGGACUGCCCGGAACUCCUGGAAAUCCAGGACAAGACGGAGAACAAGGGCCAGCCGGAGAUCCGGGAAGAGACGGAAAAGAUGGUCAGCCAGGAAGAGCAGGACAGCCGGGACCACCUGGAGAGCCAGGAAGCGGAGGAGGAUGCGAGCACUGCCCGACACCGAGAACCGCGCCAGGAUACUAG